AACUUGGAAGAGCUGGACCUCAGCUUGAACCCCUUGGGUGACGGCAGCGCCCAAUCUCUGGCCUCGCUGCUCCGGGCUUGCCCCCUCUUGGGCACCCUCCGAUUGCAAGCCUGCCGCCUUGGCGCCACUUUCCCGGAGCCUCACUCUCUGCUGCUGGCCGAGGCCUUGAAAGGUCCGGCACACUCCGUGCCAGCCAGCUGGUUUUCGCACACGCACGUGGGCGCCAGCAACCGGAAGUUGAUGCGUGCUGGGGAGCUGCUCUUCCCGGGGAGGGCUGGACUAGAUGACCUCCCAAGGCCCCCCUCCCCAACUCUUUCUUAUCCCUACGUUUCCCCCCUCGCAGGAGCUGUGCACCUCAAGAGGCUCGCUCUGUCCCACAACGCCCUGGGCUCCCGGGGGCUCGGGGUGGUGCUGGAAAGCCUGCCCUUCGAAUCGCUGACCCACCUGGAGGUGGGCUCCCUGGAACCCAGGCCGGGGGACCGGCCACAGCUGAGGGACACCCUGGUCAGAUACCUGAGGCAGGAAGGCUGCGCCUUGACCCACCUGGGACUCUCUGGGAACCACCUGGACGACAACGACGUAUCCGAGCUCGCCAGGAGCCUCCUCGCUUGCCCGUCCUUAGCCUCGCUGGACCUGUCCGCAAACCCGGCCAUCAGCAUCCUUGGUCUCCGGACGCUCUUGGUCACCCUGGAGGAGCGGAAGCGGGGACUCCAGUCCCUUAACCUGGCCGGCUGUGCUGUCCGUGGCCCCUUGGAGACCGCCACGUGGGCGAAGCUCUCCUCCCUGGUGGGUCAGCUGCAACUCUGCAGCCGGCAGCUAAGCAGGAGCGACCAGCGGGACGUGGCCCAGCUCUGGCGCACCCCGGCCGACGCCUCCCUUCGUUCCGUCACCCGCCACCACAAACUCUUCUGCCAGAGCCUGUAGCCCAGGCG